AUGCUUGUGGUCUGGGGUGAUCGUGAACGCCUCGCGGAUGACAUUGAGACUUGGAUCGAUAGUGUGCGCCAGUCACAAUCGGGGCCGAGGGCACGUCGUGCCGCAGACUCGUUCUCCGACGAUAAACCUGGACAAGAUGUCGAUCCAUCGCAACGCUCGACGGGAUCCGCUUCUUCGCGUAUGCACGGUCCGUCUUUGCAAGAGCGACGAGCUGCAUCGAGAUCGCCGCAUAGAUCGACGCCGGAUUCAUCGGAGCAAGCUGUCGACUGGCUGUGCACUGCUGUCGAGCACGGCCCUGGCGGCGUCCACGCUUGGCCCUUCGUCUCGAUGUAUCUCGCUGGAUCCGAGGCAGAGCGGGAGAAAGGACUCGAAAUCUUGGCGCGCUUCAUUGCAGAGCCUACAUCCAGUCCCCCAUCCACAGUGCCGCCCACGCCGACAUCGCCGGCUGUGCCUCUUGCUGUGCAGCUGCCCGGCACGCACCAGCAGCGAUUUCUUUCUGCAGCUGCCAACUCGCCGCCGCAUCUCAAUGCAGUAUCGCCGGCUGGGUCGAUGCCCAGCGACAUUAGCUCGCGGGGUGAUGCGGACGACAACGAUUAUCCCUUUUUAGGGUCGAGCUAUACAGGAUCCGAAGGGUGGGAUCCAAGUGAGAGAAACGAGCUCGGCUUGGAAGGUGUCUAUCCGCACGAGACCGUGUGGACGCAGCCCACUCCGACUCCGUCUACAGGCAUGGGUACACCGCUGGACAGCGAUAUGGAGCGCGAGAGCAUUGGACACGAUGAGCUUGUGCGUCGAAUCGGGCUUGGACUUGGUGGUAGCGAUGCUAUCGGCAUUCGCGAAAGCGGGGGGACAACGAUGGAGCCAGUACGGCUACUCCAUCCCGGCCAUUCUGCUGUCCCGAAUUGGAGCCAGCAACAGAACCGGCCUCAACAACGCCCGGCAUCGACGGCAUCGCAGCCUCGUGCAUCAGCGACGCCAGUACACUACAGCUCUGCGCAGAGUUACGGAGUUCCUGUUGGAGGACGGUCCCUGGCGGAUUUGGAGGCGGAGUCGGACAUGAGUGCGCCUGCCUCGCGACCAGAUUCACCAGGAGUGGACUGGAAGGAGAAUGAAAGAGGUUAUGACGCGGUCAACGAGGACGACUUGGACGCUCCUUCUCCGGAGCUGGAUCGCGAAGCAUACUUUGAAGAGGCCGUGUCGUACGCCGACGACGCCAUCCCGAUGGAUCCUGGAUUCUACGGCCUGGCGCACUACCACACGCUGCGACCGGAAGGACUAUCCGACAUUGCCGAAGAAGAGUCGCAGCUCGACACAUCUUCGGUGCUCAGCAGCGGGUACGGAGCCUUGUCUCCCGGAUCUAGCGAUAUCACAUUCUCGCCGCACGACGGCAGGUCGCCUAGUAUGGCAGCCACCAGAGCACCCCCGACGAAUCCGGGGAGGUAUGCAUCUGCGUAUACACCGUCGGCAGCGGAGAUGGCGCGGCUGAGAGAGGCGCUGGGUGAGCGGGAGCGGCAGUAUCAGCAACGUUUUGCGCGCGGAAGCAGCCGGUUCCCCAUCGAAGAAGACGACGACGACGACGAUGACGACGCCGCCGACGCGCCGAUCGGAGACGGCUAUGGAUCAGAUGGUGAUGUGGAUUGGCUUGAUAUGGAUGAUCAACAGCAACACCAACAGCAGCAACAGGAGCAAGCGGUGAGUCCAUGGAGAUCGUCUGCUGAGCUGCCGAAUCUGUCGGCAUUGCAAGAGCAACAGGACGCUCCAACCAGCCGCGAUUCGCCUCGAGCCCGUCCAUCAGGCGAGACCCCUUCUGCUUCUUCCACGAAGCUCAGCACCAAAGUGGAUGAUGACGGGAGUGGGCAGUCCCAAACACAGGCGGGAGAAUCCGACGUGCAGCUGCCUCCUUCACCCGCAAGAUCGACCAGCUCACAGACAUCUGGAUCCCGCGACGUGUGGUGGUAG